AUGGCUACGGGAGCGGCGACAGCGGCUGCAGCCGCUGCUCGUGCAGUAAUGGCUGCAACUGGUCAAAGUACUACUAAUACUACUAGUGGUGGCGGUGUCGGAAUAUUCAAUGCAGAUGCAAAGAAUCUAUUUGGAACUGGUUUGGUUCCAAAUUAUGGCUCUAAAUCCGAUGUACCUAUGCAUGAUCUAGCGGCAAUUGUUGAACGCUUCGGUACUUUGAAUUUUGAUCACAAUAGCUAUAAUUAUUUCAAUUUUGAAUUUCCUCCUGGAGCAUGUCCGCCAUCCGCAUAUCUUCUAAAUUCAACACCUCUGAUUGAUUCAUAUAUGCUUGGAGAUCAGUAUUCUAGUAGAAAUCAAUCAUGGUCGGAAUACAGCAUGUCUAGAAUGAAUGAAAAUUCAUCAACAGCUCAUUGGACUGAACCAACACCUGUAAUUGUUGCUCUAUUUACAACAUUAGGGCGACUAGCUGCUGUAGCGCCACGUUCUAUUUAUCAUUAUAUGGAUGAAUUUAUACCGAUUCUAGCCUAUAUGAUGCAAGAUACAUCAUGUUUUUUAAAGCGAUCAAUUGCUGUUUGGACUCUAACUAGACUAGUUUCUCAUACUGGUUAUGUUGUUAUUCCGUAUAAACGUUAUCCUCAAUUGUUGAAUAUUCUGUUAGGUAUGCUUAAACGUGAGGAAAUCAAAUGUAUCCGUCAAGAGGUAUUGAGAGCUCUUGGUGUUCUUGGUGCACUAGAUCCCUUCAAGUUCAAAUUGUAUUCCGGUCAAGUCGAUACAUAUGGCGAUACAGGAAUUGCUGUGAGUCAUCAUGAAGUAGUUGAACGCAAAGAUGUUGAUAUAACCCAAUCAGAACUCGUUAUCAAUUUGUCUUGGGAAAGUCGUGAUGUUUUCUUCUCAGUUUGUGCUCUAUCUGCACUGAUUCAUUCGCUACGUGAUCCUGCACUUCACAGCCAGUAUGGUAGCAUUGUACAUACGAUAGUUUAUGUUUUAAAACUAUUGGGUCCACGUUCAGUAAUUUAUCUACGUCAGCUUAUACCUGAUUAUUUUCGAUGUUUAGAAAAUACACGUGAUGCUAGAUUACAAGAGUUUCUUAUUCGUCAAUUGGGUAAUGUAAUGACCGUCGUGCAAUUGAAUACAAAAGAAUUUGCACAUGAAGUAGUUGACUUAUUAAUCACACAUUGGUGGAUUGCUCCAAAUGUUCAGCGUGCAUGUAUUGGUUUAUUAAGUCCAAUGUCAUCUGUAUUAGGCGCUGAAUUUCGUACAUAUUUAACACGUCUUAUACCAACCAUAUUGAGAAUGUUUCAUCAUGAAUCAAAUGAAUCAAAUUUAAUAGCUCUUUUAGAAGUUCUUCCAGAAUUUGGAUACACACUUAAGGAUUAUGCUCAUAUUAUUGUUCCUGCGAUAUCAAGUUUAAUUGAUAUUACCAGUGAAGCAAGUCUUUCUGUGUUAUUAAAUAGUGUUUCAGAAUAUUCGUCAUCGAAUUGCAUCACUACCACUACUACUACAAGUGCUACUACUUCUUCAACGUCAAUUUCCCAUUCAACUAUACCUAACUCUAAAUCACAGUUAGACACAGAUACUAUUGAUUUGUCGAAUAUUUUUAGCAGCGUUCCUGAAAAUAAUUGUACAUCAACAAAUGAUACAAAUGUAGGUGGAAUUCAGGCAUCGAAUACAAGAACUUCAACAAAUGGUUUCAAUCAACAAAUAUUACCUAACAAAGUGGGUAGCGUACAUCUUCGCAAAGCGUGCUUAGAAUGUUUAGCAAGAUUUACAGAUUGUGUUGAUUUAGAUGAUUUCGCUGGACAAAUAAUUCAUCCAGUAUGCCGUUUACUUUUAACAUUGGAAUCAUGUCAUCAAAGUUAUCAACAGUUAUUACAUCAACAACAUCAUUUAUCAUCGACAAAAUCAUCAGCUUCGUUGGGUAGUCAGGCAUGUUUGAAUGCAAUUAAUCAACUUCGUGUACCAGCUAUGGAUGUAUUAACUGGAUUGUUGUAUCGUAUGGGUCAAAAGUUCAAAUUUUUCCUGCCUUUAGUACAAAAAAUGCAAAGUCGUUUGCAGUUACACACACCUCGAUUUAAUACUGUGCUUGGACAAGUUGAAAAAGGCGCUUAUCUGCCGACAACUAAUGAUCGUGUGCACGUUAAAUUUACCAGCAUUUCUACACGUAAUCGUGCACAAAAAUUGAAUGUUGAUGAUUCAGAAACACCUGGAACUGUUAAACUUUUGAAAAUUAACAAUACUAAUUUGGAACGUGCUUGGCAUUCUUCUCGUAUGGUUAGUCAUGAUGAUUGGAGUCAGUGGUUGAAAACAUUAAAUAUGGCACUUUUACGUGAAUCACCAAGUCCUGCUAUUCGUGCGUGUAGCCAGUUGACAGCUAUUACACCUGGCAUAGGUCGUACUUUGUUCAAUGCUGCGUUUCUUAGUUGUUGGCCUGAAUUAAAUUAUCAUCAACAAGAUGAUUUAAUUAAUACUUUAGAACGUGUACUACGUGUACCAGAUCAGUCACCGGAAGUUAGUCAAACUAUAUUAAAUCUUGAAGAGUUCAUGGCUCAUAUGGAUAAAUAUUCAAGUUCAUCGCAUCGAGUUCACUUACCAUUACCUUUGGGUGUUUUAGCUGAUCGAGCAUUAAAAAAUCGUGCGUAUGCUAAAGCAUUAUAUUAUAAAGAACAAGAAUUUCUCAUGGAAUCUGAAAAACGUUCUUGUCCUAGUCCGGCAACUCUAUCAUCUUUACUUACUAUAUAUAGUAAAUUGAAUUUAGAAGAAGCAGCCAAUGGAGUAUUGUUAUAUGCAACACGUAGCACUCAGGAUAAACUAGCUAAUGAAGAAGUUUGGAGAGAAAAAUUACAUGAUUGGAAAUCUGCUUUAAAUUUAUAUGAACGUAAAUUAGAAGAUGAUCGAAUAAAAGAUAAAAGUUCUCUUAUUCUCGGUCGAAUGCGAUGCCUUCGAGCUUUAGGCCAAUGGGCUCCAUUAAACAAUAUGGCGUGGGAACGUUGGAAUGAUGUAAACGAUCAAAUGCGUGCAUUAAUGGCACCGUUAGCAUGUAGUGCAGCAUGGGCUCUGAAUUCAUGGGAUCGUGUCGAACGCUAUACUGAAGCUUUAUCAGCUGAUAACAGUUUUGAUGGUGCAUUCUAUAGAGCUGUUUUAAACAUACAUUCUGAACAGUAUGCUAAAGCUUGUGAUUUUAUAAUGAAAGCACGUGAUGUCCUAGAUUCUAACUUAACAGCUAUGGCUGAAGAAAGUUACAAUCGUGCAUAUGCUGAUUUAGUGGGCACUCAACUGUUAUCUGAAGCUGAAGAAGUUAUACAAUAUAAACUUAUGCCGGAAAGGCGUCCAAUUCUUCGUGAAGCAUGGCAAUCUCGGUUACUUGGCUGCAAUUCUGUAGUGGAAGAUUGGAGUCAAAUCAUCCAACUACGUAGUUUAGUCUUGGAACCAUAUGAAGAUCGUAAAUCUUGGUUACGUUUUGCUGGACUGUGUCGUAGAAGUGGUCGUUUUAUUCUAUCACGUCAAGUAUUAGAAAAUCUAUUGGGUUUAGAUCCAGCUGGUAUUCCACCGUGUGAUCCUAUUCCAAGUUCUGAUCCAGCAAUUGUAUUCGCAUAUACUAAACUAUUAUGGGCAGUUGGAGCACAUGAAGAAGCGGUUAGUCGUUUAUGUGUUUUAAAAACACAUGUGUUAGAACCAUUACUUCGAGCUGAAACAGGGAUAAACAGUGCUCAGCAAUCUUCAUCAGUUUUUCAACUUUUAUCUCCGAAUUUAUUGAAUACCAAUGAGACAUUAGAUAGUUUAGAUUCAAGACAACUAGAAAUUCAAAUAGUUAACGAACGAAAGGAAUUAAGAAGACUGUUAGCGAAAUGUUGUUUGAAAUUGGGAUCAUGGUGUUCAGAAUUGUAUACACGUUCACCACCUGGUAGUCACCAAACAGACAAUCAUUCAUUAGCUUAUACACCUAAUUCCGUCUUUACGGCUCCCAGUGGAAAUGGACUACAGUUCUCCGUAGCUGCUGCAGCGCGCACUUUAUCAAAAGUGAAUUCUAAUAAUGAUGUGAUAGAAAAUAUACAUCCAUCUCAAAUGUCACGUGUAGCUGUAAUGCGUUUAUCAAAUAAUUAUAGCGGAAUAGUAGGUGGUGGACGUGAAUCAAGUAAUCGUAAUGGUUCACGGAUUCGUCGAGCUGCUUCUGCUGCUGGAGCGACAUCAAUAGUAAAUGAAAAUCUGGCCACAUCCAAUAUAACUCAGACAUGGGAAGAAAGUCAGGCGUUUGUUAUUCAGUGUUAUCAAACUGCAACAUUACACGCACCAGAUUGUCGUAAUACAUGGCAGUCAUGGGCUAUGGCUAAUUAUGCUGUAUUCAACCAUUUGGAUACAUUGAAAGCUUGUUUAGAAAGAGCGGAGUUAGAAUUAAAUAAAGUUGGCGGUAUUGAUAACCAUAGUUUAUGGUCGUCCCGGCGUAAUUUCUCGUCUUCCGCUGGAAUUCAUGGAUCUGGAGUUAAUCAAAUGCAGUCUUCAAAUUUACCUGUUGGCAAUAUCUCAUCUAAUUUUUCUCCAUUACCACCACCUAUAGCAGAACUUGUCCGUGCGAAAACUGAUCUACAGAGAUGUAUGGAAUUACAUGCUGCUCCAUCUGUUAAAGGUUUCGUCAAUUCAAUAAGUUUGUCACCAACUGCUAACUUACAGGAUAGUUUACGUUUAAUCAAUUUAUUAUUUAAAUUUGGUCAUUUAACUGAAAUUCGUGAAGUGAUACGUGAAGGUUUGACUAAAAUACGUUUGGAUAAUUGGUUACUUGUUAUACAACAAUUAUUAGCUCGUAUUGAUACACCUAGAGAAUAUGUUGCUACUAUUAUAAUUGAUUUGUUAAUAUCUGUUGGACAACGUUAUCCACAAUCUAUGGUUUAUCCAUUAGUAUUAGCAUUUAAAUCUGGUGGCUCUGAUCGUCGCCGUUAUAACGCUAAUCGUAUUCUGUACAGUAUGGAAGAACAAAAUUCACGCUUAAUAUCAGAAGCAUUUUUACUAAAUGAAGAAUUAAUUCGUCUAUCGAUAACAUGGGUUGAAAUGUGGUCAGAAGCAUUGGAAGAUGCAAGUCGUGUUUAUUUCGGUGAAAAAGAUAUUGCGAAAAUGUUUCGAUUAUUACAUCCAUUACAUCAAAUGAUGGAUCGUGGUCAUGAAACAAUUCAUGAAGCAACAUUUUUACAAGAGAAUGGUAAUGAUCUUGCUGAAUCUCGAUUAUGCUGUGAAAGGUAUGAGUUAACUCAAGUUAGAAUUGACUUACAGAAAGCAUGGGAAGGUUAUUAUACUUUGUAUAGACGUUUUGCCAAGCAAGUAAACAACAUGACAACUUUAGAGCUUACAGUGUCCUCACCUCGUUUACAUGAAUAUGGACAAGAUUGGCAGCUAGCGGUACCUGGAAGUUACGAGCCUCACCGACCACUUGUAAGAAUAGCAUCUAUUAAGAACUGUUUAAAUUUUAUCACCUCAAAACAACGUCCACGCAAAUUAACUAUCACAGGUUCAAAUGGUCACCAAUAUGUGUUUUUGUUAAAAGGACAUGAAGAUACUCGUCAAGAUGAACGUAUUAUGCAAUUUUUUGGACUUGUAAACACAUUGUUGAUUAAUAAUCCGGAAACGUUACGUCGUAAUUUAACGAUACAACGGAUGUCUGUUAUUCCAUUAUCUACAUACACUGGAUUGAUUGGUUGGGUUCCAAACAGUGACACAUUCCAUAAUUUAAUACGUGAUUAUCGGGAGAAAGCUGAUGUUGUGCUAAAUAAAGAGAAUCGUGAAAUGCUUCGUUUGGCACCAGAUUUCGAUCGUCUAAAUGUUAUACAAAAAACUGAAAUAUUUGAAGCUGGGUUAAGAGAGUCAUCUGGGAGAGAUCUAGCUAACAUAUUAUGGUUAAAAAGUCAUAGUUCUGAAGCAUGGUUUGAGCGAGAUAGGCAUCCAUCAAACAUAAUGUUAUCGCGAGUGACAGGAAAAGUGGUUCAUAUUGACUUUGGCGAUUGUUUCGAAGUAGCUACAAUGAGAGAAAAAUUCCCGGAGAAGGUACCAUUUCGGUUAACACGCAUGAUUAUUUCUGCUAUGGAGGUGACAGGAAUAGAUGGUGUUUAUCGUCAUACCUGUGAAAUGGUUAUGUCUCUUUUACGAUCCAAUCGUGAAAGUCUUCUUGCAGUCUUAGAAGCAUUUAUUCAUGAUCCAUUGUUACAGUGGGUACUCCAUGAAAACCGUAAAGAUUUUAAUCACUUAGAGAAUAAACUAGACGACGGAGGCGGUGGCGGUGUAGCUCCAGCAAUUGGAACAAACUGUUUGACAAAUGCAAAUACCAAUGGUACUGGUGGCGGUGUUCAUGGUGUAACAACUGGUAAUAAUCAGUCAGUACAGUUGAAACCUGGUGCACGCAAUUCAGAUUAUCCACAUAGACAAGUGUAUGCUCAUCAACAGCAUCAUGCUGUUCAAAAUACACUUCGACGUCCAACAGAUAAAAGUAAUAAUCUAACUUCAGGUCAACAGAAUUCACAAGGACAUUAUCAACAGCAAAAUUUGAAUAGAAAAACUAAUUCACCGAACAAGGUGUUUACUAACCCAAAUCAUCCAGAUAGUGCUUCAUUGCGUGAUCCACAAAAGGUGAAUCAAUGGCGUCAUCAUUUGUGUAAUGGACCUUGGUUUGGUUGUUAUGAAACUGCUAAACGUUUAAGAAAGCAAAUGGAAUCCGGUCACAUAGUAGUUGAACGUCAUGGACUACAAGGGUUUAUAUUUUCUGCAAAACCUCCAAGCACUGAAGACUCAUGUAUUGAUUCAGAAUCUCAGCCUGUUACUUUAGGAAAUGUACGUGCACGUUCUGUAAUGGAAAGAAUUAGGCAAAACUGACUGGCACUGAAAGAGAUCAAAUGAUGAGUGUUUCUGCUCAAGUAGACUUCCUUAUACGUGAAGCAACUUCAAAUCAAAAUUUAUGCCAAAUGUAUAUAGGCUGGUAGGUAGUUAGUCAUGUUUUAUUUUGUUUUUAAAUGCAGUACUGGUGACACUAUAAAAGUGUUCUAUCCGUCCUUGAGCGACUGUAUAGUUCACCAAUUAGAAUGACAGUUGUUUGUUUUGGCAAUAACUAGCAUUAUUUUAACAACUGGUAGGAGUUUUCAUUAUUGACAUUUCAGUCACUGGUACAAUCGUAUCAAUGUAUUAGUAAUAUUUACUGGGGUGUUGUACUCCUACUCACUGUGAGGGUGUUGUUUACGAAAUUAAGAGGAAGAAAAACGAAUGUCUGGAGCUUAAACUGGGUUGGUAGGAUUGGAAAACCCUGGUCCCAAACUAGUAGUACAAAUGAGCUCCAUGAACCCGAUGAGACAAAUGGCGUAUGGACUUAUUUUUGGUUACCCGCUAGCAUAGGACUGCAUUUCCUAACACUGCUCCACUACAUUAUUUGUAACGCAUCUUGUUGAAAGGCUUGGGGAGUGACCCCUUCAGAAAACUACCUGAAUCGGUUUAGACACCUGGACAGUAUUUCCGCACAAAAAUAAAUCCAAUGAUUUGUGUGGCACAUACACGUUUUGGUUUCCCUUUGUACUAAUGUUUGCGUGUUUAAAUCAAUAAAUAAUAUAUAAGUAUACACAUGAUUAUAUUCCCGUUGCUUGUUCACGCUCAAGUUAUCAUUCACUUUCCCUUACGUUACUGACAUAUCGAAAUUUCGAUAUUAUUAUUAUUACUGCUUUCCAAACAUGAAAUCCAUCCCUACCAUGGUUUUAAUGCUGCUACAGAAAUCUUGUAAAGGAGUAGGGAUAUAAGCUAAUUGUUAUAACUAUCAGUGUUUAAGAAGAUUGUUUGGACAUUAGUGGGAAUGUAACUAUAAACGAAUUUCCAUUCAUGCGAAUGAUAGAUGUAAAAGACAUGAAAAUGAAAUUAUUUUUUGUUUGAAAAGAAAAGCAUUCAGAGAUGAGUGUUGUUGCAAUACUCAACUUCUCAUUAUGGUGUUUCUCCCACUAAAUGACACUCAGUGUUUUCGAACAAUUCACGCAGUAAAGGAAUCCUUUUCGAUCAGUUCAUUAUUUAACUUAUGAUUUUUCAUAACUAACAUGGAUGAACAAUACUCGAAUGUCAAUCACAAUAAAAACUAAGUGUAAUUGAUCAUAUUGUCUAUUUCGAAAAUAUUCCUAAGGAUCUAGUGAUAAACGAUACAGAAUAAGUAUCGAUCUGCCAAGUAAACGCAUGAAGAGUUGUCAAGUAGCUUUUCAUUUCAAUUAACAUUAUAACUGGUAUCUGUCAAUAAUUAAUCCAUACAAUAUACAUAGUCUAAAGUAGUUCCAUACUGUGCAUAAUCAUAGUAGUAUAUUUACGAAAAUUUCAUUGUUAUGUUUGUUAUACAGGUGUGCUUUCUGGUGAUAUAUUAAUUUUAUUCAAUGAUCAAUUAAUCAAUCAGCUAUUGUAUUUUUCUUAUUACGUUACCAUUGAAUUAUUUAUGAAAGUGUAAAUUUACUUUAUCAGUUAACAAAUUGGUUUUCAUCUAAAAUAUUGUACAGUUGUGUUGAUUAAAAAUGCCUUCUUAUUUAAAAGAAAAGACAGGUUUUCUGGUUUUUGCGUUCUUCCUUAUUCAGUGAAGACGAAUCAUUUCCAUUCAAUUUUGUUAGUGAUAUUAGAUACUUUCCAACAGUAGUAGCAGUAGAAGGCAUUAAGAGACUAAAUCUAGAGUAGUCAAGUUUCGUCCAUCAUAAGCUUGUGAAACGAAUUUAAUUAUACCAUCGUGAAAUAAUCCUUACUUAUCCUAGUUCUGUGGAGCAGGCUUAACAUAAA